GCGCCCAUAAACAGUUGCUAGUAAAUCGCUGCUUCUCUCGCAUAAUCCCAAAGGAAGAAGAAAGAUGUCCGCUUGUCGACUUGUCCGUGGCUGCUUUUCUUGUAACUUUUCCUCAGUUUUGCCUUUACUUGCACGCUCGGCACAGAUUCAGUCUCAUCGUUUAUGUGCCACACCUUUCCUCCGAAGAAGCGUUUCCUCGUCAAGCCGGUUAUCAGCAGCACUUAAAUUCACCGACAAACACGAAUGGAUUCGGGUAGAAGACGGAUUCGGGACUGUCGGUAUCAGCAACUUUGCUCAGGAGGCCCUUGGGGAUGUCGUAUACUGCGGACUGCCGGAGGUCGGAACGCAGCUGGCCCAACAAGACGAGUUUGGAGCUCUGGAAAGCGUCAAAGCAGCCAGUGAGCUCUUCUCCCCGUUGACUGGAGAGGUGGUUGAGAUUAACGAGCUACUGGCUGACAAACCAGGCCUGGUCAACAAAUCGUGCUACAAAGAUGGUUGGCUAAUGAAGAUGACCAUCGCCAAGCCUUCCGAGCUCGACUCUCUGAUGGACGAGGCGGCCUACGAGCGGUACAUCCGCUCCAUAGAGGACUAAAACGGCAUUCCCUCUUUCCUCCUCACAAAUACCCGGCGGGACGCUCCGCUAGCGUCGUGCUAAUGUGAAGAAUAGCUGCUGCGAAAGGCUCGCUCGAGUUCAGGGACCAGCCGGCGAUUCGUUGUCGAGAAGACGAGUCACGCUCGAGUCGGUCCAUUUGUUCCCUGAUAUUUCAGUCAAGCAGGCGCGAGUGUCCUGGGCAAAAAAAAAAAAAAAGCACUUUGAAUUUGUAUGUACACUGUGGACAUCUGUACAAUAAA